UUUAUAAAGAUAAAGGAAAAUACGAUGAAACUGUGAAUUUUGAAUCAAAUCAAAAUCUUAAUUUUGAUUCUAAUUCAUAUUCCGAGAUUUCACUUAGUAACGCUGCUCUUGAGAAAAUCGUUUCCCUAGUCGCAGAUAAGGCGAUGAAGUCAAUUAAUAAUUCUCACUCAGCUUCCACUGAUUCGACUAUUUUCGUAAAAGUUAUUCAACCAGUGUCGCAGCCAGAACAAGUGGAAGAAUUUAAAUCUGAAUUUCGAUUUGAUUUGUCAAAAAUAAUUAAAAAUGCUAAAGUCCAUUUUCUCGAGACACGGCAAAAUCUCCCUUUCAAUUUACCUUCAGUUGAAAAAUACCAAAAUUCGAAAAGUAAAAAAUUUUAUUUGCCUAGUGAGAAAUUUGAUCAAACCUUGCGAUCAAUUCAAUAUAGAAAUUAUAGGAAAAUGAAUCUCCCGGAAAAACCGUUCUCAAAAAGAAGAUUUUGGCAUGACAAAGUUAAGAAGAAAGAGAAUAAUCCUCUUCUGGUUCAGAUACGAGAAGAAAUUUUCAAGGAAUUAAAGAUGAAAUUUGGAGAAAACAAUAAACAAUUUUAUUUUGAUUCCAAUCGAGAAAGAAGGAAGAGAAAUUUGAGGAAGAAGAAAAGAAUCAUCCCAGAAUUCGCUGAAAAUAUAAAAAAAAUAGUUGAUUCUGAAGAUUCGGGAAUUGAAGAGGAUUUUCUUAUUUCUCGAAGAAAAGCGGAUUCCCCUAAAACACAAAACUUGAAAGAAUUAUCAAUAAAUUUGGAGAAAGUGAAUUGGGAUUAA